AUGUUGGUCCUAUUGUUGCAACAAGGUCUUCCUUUUCGUGGCCAUGAUGAAAGUGACACUUCAAAUAAUAGGGGGAAUUAUUUAGAGCUCUUGCAAUUGCUUGCGGAUCAUGAUGAGAAAAUAAAGGAAAUGCUCAUUUUGAUUACAAUGUUCUCAUCUACGGUGGAUGUGCUUGGCAUGAUUGUUGAAGAUUGCUACAAUGAUAAUGUUAGUGAAGUAAAAGAAUUAGAUGAUCGCUUCGCUGAAGGUAACACCGAAUUGCUUAUUUGCUUGGCAUGUUUGAGUCCGAAUGAUUCAUUUGUAGCUUUUGAUAAAGAAAAGCUUGUUUGCCUUGCUCAGUUGUAUCCUAAAGAUUUCAUGGAUUGA